GUUAUCAGAAUUGACCGAGGUGUUGGCAUGAAUCAAUCACUCACCAUGGGCUAUGAUAGUGAAGCUCUGAUAAAAGGACUUCCGGUAUAUCCCGAUGAUGAUGAUGAGAUAUUAUCAACUUGGGAGGAGCGAGCUCGUGCUUGGAAGGAGAUUGACCAAAGAGGUGCUGGGCGACUGAUGGCUUGUAGUUGGGCGAAGAACAACACCCAUCAUAUGGGUCCAGAUUACUGCUAG